AUUACACAGAGCAGCGACCAACACGCUACGCUCCUCGGCUCGUCCAACGAUCUCACGGCGCGUUCCGGCUCUUGUACGAUGGGAGACAGCCGGACAUAACCCUCCAGCAGCAGCAGGCGGCCAAGCAGGUAGGCCCUCUUCGUCGCCAGACGAAGCGCCGGACAAGCGAGCCGGAAAAGCAGCGACAUGGAGUAUGGUCAGGCAGGAGGACGCGGGCGAAGGUCAACCAGCACAUAAUCCCGACUACAACGUAGCAGCGGACUACCGGACAUCGGCAUUCUCCCCGAUACCGCGACGAGUGAUGGAUGGUAGUGAGGAUGGCCUCGAUACCCCAGCUGCGGUGUUGUCGGGCGCACCAAUAGACCUUCAAGCUCGGACUGUCCGUAUCUACCGACCAGCCAAAACCGCCACCCAGUCCGGCAAUUGGCACUCUCACCAGUGGCGCAUGGAUUGGGACGUUUUGUCGAAAGGCCACCGUUGGGAGAAUCCGCUUAUGGGCUGGCAAUCCAGCGCAGACUUCAUGCAGGGCACGCAUCUCAACUUCAAAACCAAGGAUGAUGCCAUCAACUUUGCGAACAAGCAGGGUUACGAGUACUUUGUCCAGGAACCUAAUGAGCGGAAGAUGGUUCCGAAGGCGUAUGCUACGCAGUUUGUGCACAGUGCGAAGAAGCUGAAGGAGGUUCGGACGAACAGCAACGGUGAUAUACAGACUAGCAUCAGUGCUUGGCAGAACGCAGCCAGAGAUUUGCACAAGCGCACAUAG